AUGGGGUCCCUGAGGGUGACUAGAGUUGUGCUGGCCCCCUGUGCAUUCCAGGACUCCUACUGGCCAGCAUUUGCGCCUAUUGCCAGGAAGCUGGGGCGUCAUCCCUGGAACCUGCCGGACUUCCUCCCUCCGCUGGUCUGGGUCACCGUGUCUGCCCGUCGCUGGCCUGCUCCCUCUCCGCAGCUGUCUCUCUCGCCGCUGGCCUGUCUCGCCCCUUCCCCGCAGUCGCCUCCUUCUCCGCCUGCCUGGGUGGCCGCCAUGGGCCGGAAGCGGCUCAUCACUGACUCCUACCCUGUAGUGAAGAGGCGGGAGGGGCCCACCGGGCACUGCAAGGGGGAGCUGGUAGCUGAGCCAGGUCUCUGAGACCUGGAGGAGGGGUCCCCCAGCAGCGAUGUGGCCAAGGAGCUGGCGUUGCUAAGGCAGUUCGACCUGGCCUGGCAGUACGGGCCCUGCACAGGCAUCACCAGGCUGCAGCGCUGGCUUCGGGCAGAACUGAUGGGUUUGGACCCUCCCCCAGAGGUGCAUCAGGUGCUACAGACCCACCCCGGAGACCCCCGCUUUCAAUGCAGCCUCUGGCAUUUCUAUCCUCUUUGA